UUGUUGUUGUGGGGCUUGUUUCGCGUUGCAGCAGAAUUGCUGCUCCGCUCCGCUAUAGAGCCACACACAGCUGCCAAGAGCUCAGAGCUCAGAGCACAGAGCCUUACCAUCACUUGCUGUUAAAGUUGGUAAUUCAGUUAAGUGGAAACACUAAAGCGCUUCGCACGCAAACCGAACGAAGAUCACAGAAAAUUCUUCUUUGCUUCUCUCUGGGUUUCUGGGGGCUGCGCUGGAAAAGCCAUUUAUCCAAAAACCAGCCCAUUCUUGUUCUUGGGCAACAAGUGAAUCACACAAUCAUUGCAAAGCAGUAGCACUGACAGAGUGCAGCAACGUUAUGUGAAAAACAUUUGCGGAAUUUCAAAAGACAAAAAAGAAAAAAACGCAUAAAGACGCGCCUCAAUAUUUUUAAUUAUGAAAAAAUUGAGAAAAAAACUUGAAAAUUAUUGAGUUUUAAAAAAACCUUUUGAGCAGACAACACAGCUGAAAACUUAUUUAAGGACCGUGUAAAUUUCGUUGGGAUAAAAACUUUCAACAUCUAAGUAGGGAGCUGCCAAGGCCUAAAGAAGAAACAACUGAAGAAAUUUGCAAAUCGCUGGCAAUGCAGUAGUAGCUCAAGCAAAAUUACGGUUUCGGGUUUUAGUCAGUUAAAUAAAUGUUUUCAGAGUGUGUGCCCAUCCGUGAGUGUUCAUUCUCUUCUAAAUCGAAAUGUUUAAGAGUGUUUGAAUGUUGAAAACUUUAUAACAAAACAACAAAAAAAAAAAUAAUAAUUAAAAAACAAAAUCAAAUCAAAUGCGAAAAUAUGUGAAUUUUUCAAUAAAUAUUUACAAGCUUUAUGUCUAGAAAAAAAACCAACAGCAACAACAACAUUCAAAAACUGCAGCAAGACAUACAAGAGAACGCCACAGCAACUGCUGCUGUUGCUGCAGAAAAAUACUCCAACCGUUCAUCACCUUGGCUAAAUGUUAUUAACUUGGCUUACAAUUACUUAGAUCCCCUUCUAAAUCUGAGUUAAGAAAAUAAAGACAGAAGGCAGGCAGUAGUCGUCAGGCCGCAGCAGCAGCCAGUUUGCCCCACCAAGGCAGUAGUGAGUCAAAAGAAAAAGUAGCCACCACAAAUCGACCACGAAAAAACAAAUCGCCUAUAUCUUAGGUAUAUAUUUGGCUAAAACGAAUUUUAUUAACAACUCCAAGUGAAACAAGCAAACCAACAAACAAACAAACAUAACAACAAAGCCCCAAUAUAUGCAUUUGUCAUCGAUUUACAAGCACACACAAACACACACACACUCACGUACAAGUACAUAUCCAUAUAAUAACUUGUACUUUUUGACCAUAGCGGGCAAAUUCAUUGAGCCGUCUUGUUAGCCCAACCAAAAACAAAAAAAAAACAAAAAUUAAGCCAAUUCGAAAUUUAUGCGAAAAAUUGUGCUCGCAAUUCGCGUCGUAAUCUAUUUAGUUAGUCAACCAGGCAGGCAGGCGGCCAGCCAGGCCAGUCGACUUCUUUAAAUGUUUUUCGUCGGCGUCUUUUUUUGUUUGUUUGGUGUCUUGUGAAUGUGUCUCAAAAACCCCUCCAAAAAAGCAAAAUAAAUAAAUAAAAAUUGUAACGGAUUUUGUUUCUGUUUUUUUUUUGAUUUUUUUCAACGGCUUCAGCUUAUAACAAUAAAAAGCCGCAAAAAAGCCAUAACACUACGCUUGUAAAGGAAAACCCCCUCUUGCGCUUACCUGAUAACAAGCGGUAUCACACCAUAGCCAGCCAAAAACAAUUGGGAUUUAGACAAAGCUCCAAUUAACCACUCGAAAGCCCCCGUCCAGUGCCAGCGCCAGCGCCUCCAUCACCUCCUUCAACAUAAUCACCCAACGAAUGUGGGUGAAGAGUAUUGCUUUGGCAACACCAUUUUAUCCGGCCAGUAACAGUGUUUGUGCUUGGUGAUAAGACACCAAAAAGGUCUUAAUACAAAAAACCGUCCAGAGAGGAGAAAAAGAAAACGCUGAAUAAAAGCGUUAAUUUUGGUUUUUGUUUUUUCAUAUAACACCCUCACACAAUAGAAUGAAGGUUGAGGAUUAAUACCGCACGACACGAUUGUAACAAUCAACGUUAGUGGCAACUAAGGCGGCAUCAAUUCAUGUUGAACAAUACAAUCUCCAGUCGAUAAUUACCCACUGCCAUAUAAUGCGGCAUCAGUUUGGGCCAAAUGGUAAAGGAACUAUGGUGGCACUACCCCAAAGAGUCAACGAAACCACAAGUAAACCACAAAAAACCUGUGCCAUUACCAGUAGCCUCACAAUAAUGCCAUUAUACCAGACAACAGCAGCCUCUUGGUCCUCCUUUUCGUCAGCUGCAACAUUGAGGCAGUUAUGAUUCACUUGAGCCAGACCAUCGAGUCAAUGAGAAACAAGAAUACCUGAUUUACGAAAAAUAAAACAGAAAUUCUUUAAACUUUACAAAAAAGAAAGAAAAUCUAAAUAACUAAAUAAGCCACAGCUUUAAGUCUAACGACCAGAACAAAAUACAGGAAAAAUCGAAAAAAACUACAAAGAAGCCAAUACAAGAAGUGGCCACACAGAUAUAAGCCACAAAAACACCAGAAUACCUUAAAAAGCACCCAGAACCAAAACAUAGGCAGUUUUACUGCCAUCAUCAUCAGCAUCGGUAUAGGCAUUAGCAGCAGCAGCAGCAGCGGCGGCAAACAUCAGGCAUGGCACACUUUUGUGGGUUCAUCAAAUUGAUAUUUCUGCUUUUGAUGUUGGAACGAAUGCUGGCAAUGGGCCAAGCCAGGCCUCUGAAGGACGGAAUCUCAGCAGCAAGUGAUCUCAUUGCAGGCAAUGAGUUCUUAAAAUUGUUCAUGGGCCAUGACGAACUGGAGCAAGAGUUCUAUGGCAGAAGUCGAACAGAGGCGAGCAGCAGAAGAAUACCAGAGGGGGAUUUUUUGGAAGAUUUCAAAGACAGCGUAGAAUUUGACAAAAAGUCAGCGGAAACGGGGAGAGGCCGUGAGGCAGGCAGUCGUAGCCUUAAGAUACAAGGUCCCAAAGACAAUCAGGCGACGGAGGGCCAGCAGGGGGAGGGCAAAAAAGUUGCACAUGUGAGUAAAACUUCAUUUCUGGAUGAUUACGAAGAGAAUGAUGCCAUACUCGAUGCCGAGGCCAGAGAUAUUGAUUUGAAGAGAGAGAAAUUCCGAGACAAAGAAGACUAUAAAAUAUUGUCGGUUAGUGUUUCCUCCUCAUCUUCUGUGUCAUCAUCAUCAUCGUCCUCCUCCUCCUCUUCCUCUAGUCAACGAGGAACAAAUGUGGGGAAAAGUCCCACAACAACUUCAACCACAUCAAGGUAUGACAAUAAAUCGUACACAAAGUCAGUCGUGACAAUGACACCGCGACCACCAACAACGACAACGACAACCAGAUCGCCAUCCACAACAACAAUCAAGUCAAUAUCCACCUCACACAAACCCCAUACAGCUGUUUCAUCCACCAACGGCGACAGCUUCAUCAAUCGCUCACAUAAAAGUGAGUUCUCUGUGGAGGAGGUGCAACCUUCAACUGCCAAACAACAUCAACAGCUGUUGCAGCAACAGCGCAAACCACAAAAAGUCAUACGCAAGACAUUCACCCGUCAUCGUUCCCCAUCAUAUCCCAUAACAAGUGUGGCAGACACCCUGGAGGCAUUGGACUCCGAGAACAGUGCCUCCAGUCAGGUGGCCCAGAAUGCAGCGGCACCUGCUGCGCCUUCAGCAAUGCAAUCAUCAGCAUCAUCGCUGCGUUCGACCUCCACGGUUACCACAACGUAUCGCAGUGGUCAACGCAACGUGUCCAUUAAUCAUGACACCUCCCAGUCAGCAGCACACACCGCUGCUCAUGAAGUCCAUGACAGCGACAUUACCAAAGACAUCGAUCAACAGCAGUCAGCUACCGGUGUUGACGAUCAGUUAUUGCCAUUUCAAACGGUCAUCUAUCACGACACCAAAAGCGGUGGUCGUGGGCCUCAGUCACGUUCCAUUUCAUACUCUUCCAUUUCGCAAAAUGUCGAAGACCUCAAGAAAUGGCAUCAAUCCGGUAUCUUGGCUGAGGCUAGACGCAAUGUUAGCGAAAGUCUGAAGGCUCUGCAGCCAGCCGUUCAUCAAUCGGAGCCGGCGAAAUUCUAUUCGCAGCCCUCCAAAAUGUACAGCGAACCUUCGAAAUUCUAUUCAGAGCCUGCCAAAGUGUACUCAGAGCCUGCAAAGGUCUAUGGAGAGCCUGAGAAAUUCUAUUCUGAGCCGGCAAAAGUCUAUGGUCAACCAUCGAAAUUCUAUGGAGAGCCCUCCAAAGUGUAUUCCGAACCCUCGAAAAUGUAUGGGGAGCCAGCAAAGACCUAUUGGCCUAUUACAACGACACCCAGUCCGAGUAUUGGCACCACCACCAGUUCGACGACGACGACCACCAAUAGGCCAAUUACCACAACAAAUUUGCCACAAAUUACCACCACAACUGCAAGACCCAGCAACUAUGUGGCUUCACGAAAACCAGCCAUUGUGUCACGUAUUGCAUUCGGUGAAGCACAAAGCAGCACCCCCACCACUGCGACAUCGUCGGCCAGCAUCUUUAGCACAAAUCCACCGACAACAACCACAACAACGGAGAAACCAUCAUCAGCAUUUGGAAAUCACUAUCAACAGCAGUCGCAUCCACAUCAACGCACCUUUGGUCAUCGUCAUCAGCCAUCCUCAGUGGCUGUGGAGAAUACGGCUUCAGGAGCGGCUCCUGCACGUCGCAUACUCUUUAACCUGGAUCGUUUGCCUUACGAUUUGUUGAAUGCUCCACAACCUGCCACCCAGCAACCGGCGGCACAUUUGGAAACAGCUUUCAACCAGCAACAUCACCAUCAGCCUCCACUACCCACACUACCCCCUCCUCCCCACCAACAACAGCAGCAGCCACAACGUCAUCAUAACAUUAAUCCAUGCUUAGAGUCGGCAGUUUCUUCACUAUUUUCAUCAUCCACGUUAUCUGCUCACCCAGCAGUAAUAAAACAACGCCAACAACAUUCAUCAUUGUCAGAUCAACAACAUUCUAAUCAAAAUGCCAAAGGAUUGCCCAACGGAGAUCUAGUCAGAUGUGUUGCUGAAAUAUCCAACAUAGCACCUGCAACCGCCAGCAGUGGAGCUGAUGAUGUUGGCCUAAUCUUUACCACUGAACGCAAUAAUAUUGAGGAACUUUUUACACCAACCCCAGAGCAGAAUUACGAAGUGGAAGAGUCAGUGAGCGUAAUGACAAAUGGGCGAGCCCAUGGCAUACAAGGAAGCUCUGGGCGAAAUAGUUUAGCAUUGCCUACCCCACCACCACCACCACCAUCAUCACCAGGAGGGCAUCAAUUCCAAACGAGCAGACAGCGUAUACACUUUGGCACCAACUACGAUGGAGCAGAUGUCAGUGGAGGAGGUGUGGGUGUUGUUGGACAUUACAACACCAACGCCAAUGGCAAUGGCGAUGCCUUUAGUCAACAGCAUCAACACCGACAUCAUCAUACUGAACCCAAUUCUGCUUCCGAUUAUAAUGCCUACGAUGAUGGCAGUGAUGGUAGUGAUCACACCAAUGACGAUUACAAUGUUGAUGAUACUGGCCAUCCCAGAGGAUCGGUACCACCCAAUGGUGAUGAUGACUCCAAAGUGGCCUAUGUUGUGGAGGGACGCAACUAUCGCAAAUAUCGGGUGGAGGAGAAGACAGACGAUGGCUUCAUUGUGGGCGAAUAUGGAGUGGUCGACCAUAAUGAUGGCAAUUUACGCGGUGUGCGUUAUACCGCCGACUCCACCAUAAAUCGCAGCCUCAUACAAAAAGCCUUGUUGACAUUUUUGAAACUGAAAUAGAUUUCCAUUUUAGCUUAGUUUUUUGUUUGUACUUCUUCUUUGUGUUUCCUUUUCGUCUCUUUUUCUUUUUGGCAAAGAUCAAAGGAGGCGUUUUGAGUCGUUCAGCUAAAUAGGUCAGCAAAGCUUUAGGCAAAACGAAGAAAAAAAAAAAGACAAAAACAUUGCAAAAACAUGGUCAGUAGAGUAGUUAGUGUAGAAUGUAAUGAUGCUGAAGAUGCUGAUGAAGUCGGCGUUGGCUGUUGUUGUAGCGAAAUCACCAAGCAGCAGAAACAAGCAGUUGAAGGUAUUAAACUAUUGUGAUGAUUCCUAUAUACAAAGUUACAAAAUAACAAAAACAAAAAGAAAAAAAUUAAAACAAAAAACCACAACGAAUUGUAAGGUAAUGAUGUGAUUGUUGGUUGGUUGGUUAGUUGCUUGGCUGCCCGUCUGGAUGGCUGGCUGAGUGGUUGGUUCAAAGAUCAUUCAUUCCUUACACUAUUGCCUUAGAGUUUAAUUUAAAUAAAAAGUAAGUCUUAAGUAGUUGCCUUCUCGUUUUGUCCGAAGAAGCCUCAACACAACACCAUUCGAAACCAAUCAACCAAUAUUAACGCAUCCCAUAACAAACAAAUGAUAUGAACCUAUGUGAUUC